UAAACUUAUUAAAUAGUUAGGAAUGAAGUUUUAGCUGGCUCGUUUUUAACACAAUUAAUUGUUUUGAUUUUCAUCUGGAAUGGUCGUGAUGUGGAGUGAGAAGGCAAAAUCCAACUUGUGCCGUAGUCUGGUUGUUUUUAAUGUCACUUUAGCUGUUUCCCUUCUGGUAUGUGAGUGGCUCAUUUUCGAAGUGGCAAUCAUGUUCUGUGAAGUGCCUCAUCUUCCAUUAGAGGACAGUCAAACCAAUCGUCAAGGUAUUGUAGCUGACGACGCCCAGUUGAAAGUGAUGAUGAUAGCUGAUCUUCAUCUCAUUGGCCAGUUAUUGGGUAAUUCGAUAGACAGAUUGAAACGUGAGAGCCAGAUGCGAACAGCCUUCCACACUGCAGUGCGCCAGCUGGAACCGGAUCUCAUUUUUAUCCUGGGAGAUAUUCUGGACGAAGGAAAAUGGUCUUUCUUGCCUGAAGAUUUCAGAAGGACAACUGGAAGAUAUAGGAAGUACUUCUCUCGUUAUGUCAACUCUAUGGCAACUAAAAAGAAAAUAGACUUGCAUGUGUUGACUGGGAAUCAUGACGUAGGGUUCCAUUAUGAUGUCGAUAAUAUAAAAGUGCAUCGAUUUGAAAAGAGUUUCAACGCAAGUAAAGUCAAGUUUGUAUCAGAAAAAGGAGUCAACUUCUUGCUGCUUAACAGCGUGCUUAUGCGAAAUGAUUCGUGUGCUCUGUGUUUGGAAACUCAGAAGCAGUUAAGAGAAGCGAAAGCCGUUCUAGAUUGCAUUCAAAUCAGUUCUAAGAAGUCUAUUUCAAAGAAAUGUUCAGAUUUGGUGAAAAAACACGAAGUUGAAGAGCUGAUUCCCGAUGUUAAACCAGAUAAAAUAUCUCAGCCAAUCAUAUUGCAGCAUUUUCCUCUCUAUCGUGCAAAUGAAUCAAGUUGUUUUUCGGCCGAUUGGAACAGCUUGAACUUGAACAUAUCGAAGCCACUAGAACAAGAUUGGGACGUACUUUCGAAACAAACUUCGAGAAAUCUAGUCGACAUGUUCAACCCACGGCUAGUGUUCAGUGGUCAUUCGCAUUACAACUGUGAAAUAUGGCACAGAUAUUUUGCUGAUCAAAGGCGAAAAGUUCUGGAAGUAACUGUUAAUUCAUUCUCGUGGCGAAAUAACGACAACCCUAAAAUACUGCUGCUAACUAUAGAUCGAAAUAGUUAUACUUAUUCUCUCUGUCACUUGCCUCGUGAAAGCGCCCAAUUCGCUAUAUAUUGUCUUCUUUGGGGCUACAGCUUAAUUUACAUUGUCAGAAAAUGUAGGAAUGCGAACGUUCAUUAUUUUCCACGAUUGUGGAAAACCAAAUCUGUUUGAAUAUUUAUAUUUGAAAAAAAAACUGAUUGUUUUGAGUAUCUGUACAUAAUGUUUAACUGGCUUCAAAGGGACCACUGAAUUGUGUUAAAUUUGAAGCUUUCUGAUUUCUUUUAACUUUUGACUGCGGUUAGUUUUUAAGUGUAGGUUUUCAGAUUUUCCUCAACAACUGUUACGUUACAAGUUGAAGCUUCUACGAGUUCAUUAAAAUGAAGUGUGACUUGGCAUGACAGCGUUUUGUAAACAAAAAGAACCGUGA